GAGUUCAUUCCCUAUUACUCGUUCAACUCUUGAGAGCUUUUCUUGUUGUUUGCAUUUAUUGCUUUUCAACUCUCUCUUUUUCUUAGAACUUUCUCUCCCAACUUUUUCCCUAGAUAAUGUCUUGCUGCGGAGGAAACUGUGGCUGCAGCGGUGGCUGCAAGUGCGGCAACGGCUGUGGAGGAUGCAACAUGUAUCCUGACAUGAGCUACUCAGAGACCACCACUACCGAGACCCUUAUUGUUGGUGUUGCCCCUCAGAACACACACUUUGAGGGAUCUGAGAUGGGUGUGGGAGCUGAGAAUGGUUGCAAAUGUGGAGCCAACUGCAGCUGUGACCCUUGCAGUUGCAAAUGAGCAAAUGACAACUUCCUGACUAGCCUUCUACAAAGCCAGAGAUGAGAAGAUGGUUCUCUCUCAACAAUAAUCUAAAUACAUAUGUAAUAUGUAUUUAUAUAUGUAUAACAUCUCUCUGCUUGUGGGUAUGAGGCUUCUUUAAAUUAUGAAGGUUUUUUUUAGUGUUUUUCUUAUAAAUGAAGUGGACAUGGUCAUUUGGUGUUUGUUUGGCUAUGUUUGUAUAAUGUUAGAAAGUUAUAUAUGUAUGUUUAGAGUUCGAAUGUCUGUCUGAAUGGAAACUCUACUUUUCUGUUACAUUAAUGUCAGUUUUCUUUGA